UGUGGGGCGGCUGUGUGUGUGCCGGGGGCGGGGGACAGGUGCGCACGUUCCCAGGUGUGGAGCGCUUAUGCGCGCGGACGCGCGGGGACGUGUGCGCACACCUGUUUCCAGGUGGACGUGGUCAUUUGCUUGUCUGCGCGCACCUGUGUCCGAGCCCCGUGUUUCUGUGCGUGUACAUGCAUCCGUAUGCGUAAAAGAGGAAGAACCAGGCUCGGUCCAGUGGCACCCAGCUCCCUACCUCCCGUGCCAGCCGCCCGGACUGUGGCAGGCCAUUCCCAGCGUCCCCGACUGUGGCCACUUGCUCAGUGCUCCUCUCCCCUGCCUCAGUUUCCCUCUGGGGGCGAUGGCGGGGCGAGGCUCCCUGCUUUCCUGGCGGGCAUUUCAUGGCUGUGAUUCUGCUAAAGAACUUCCCCGGGUGAGCCCCCGCUUCCUCCGAGCCUGGCACCCCCCGCCUGUCUCAGCCAGGAUGCCAACGAGGCGCUGGGCCCCGGGUACCCAGUGCAUCACCAAAUGCGAGCACACCCGCCCCAAGCCAGGGGAGCUGGCUUUCCGCAAGGGCGACGUGGUCACCAUCCUGGAGGCCUGCGAGAACAAGAGCUGGUACCGCGUCAAGCACCACACCAGCGGGCAGGAGGGGCUGCUGGCAGCUGGGGCGCUGCGGGAGCGGGAGGCCCUCUCCACAGACCCCAAGCUCAGCCUCAUGCCGUGGUUCCAUGGGAAGAUCUCGGGCCAGGAGGCUGUCCAGCAGCUGCAGCCACCUGAGGACGGGCUGUUCCUGGUGCGGGAGUCCGCGCGCCAUCCUGGCGACUACGUCCUGUGCGUGAGCUUUGGCCGUGACGUCAUCCACUACCGCGUACUGCACCGCGACGGCCACCUCACCAUCGAUGAGGCCGUGUCCUUCUGCAACCUCAUGGACAUGGUGGAGCAUUACAGCAAGGACAAGGGCGCUAUCUGCACCAAGCUGGUGAGACCAAAGCGGAAACACGGGACCAAGUCUGCCGAGGAGGAGCUGGCCAGGGCGGGCUGGUUACUGAACCUGCAGCAUUUGACAUUGGGAGCGCAGAUCGGAGAGGGAGAAUUUGGAGCUGUCCUGCAGGGUGAGUACCUGGGGCAAAAGGUGGCCGUGAAGAAUAUCAAGUGCGACGUGACGGCCCAGGCCUUCCUGGAUGAGACGGCCGUCAUGACGAAGAUGCAACACAAGAACCUGGUGCGUCUCCUGGGCGUGAUCCUGCACCAGGGGCUGUACAUUGUCAUGGAGCACGUGAGCAAGGGCAACCUGGUGAACUUUCUGCGGACCCGGGGCCGAGCCCUCGUGAACACUGCUCAGCUCCUGCAGUUUUCCCUGCACGUGGCCGAGGGCAUGGAGUACCUGGAGAGCAAGAAGCUGGUGCACCGCGACCUGGCCGCCCGCAACAUCCUGGUCUCCGAGGACCUGGUGGCCAAGGUCAGCGACUUUGGCCUGGCCAAAGCAGAGCGGAAAGGGCUGGACUCGAGCCGCCUGCCCGUCAAGUGGACGGCGCCCGAGGCUCUCAAACACGGGAAGUUCACCAGCAAGUCGGAUGUCUGGAGUUUUGGGGUGCUGCUCUGGGAGGUCUUCUCAUAUGGACGGGCUCCAUACCCUAAAAUGUCACUGAAGGAGGUGUCGGAAGCCGUGGAGAAGGGGUAUCGCAUGGAGCCCCCCGAGGGCUGUCCAGGCCCCGUGCACGUCCUCAUGAGCAGCUGCUGGGAGGCAGAGCCCGCCCGCCGGCCACCCUUCCGCAAGCUGGCUGAGAAGCUGGCCCGGGAGCUGCGCAGCGCGGGCGCCCCGGCCUCCGUCUCAGGGCAGGAUACCGACGGCUCCACCUCGCCCCGAAGCCAGGAGCCCUGACCCCACCUGGUGGGGCCCUUGGCCCCAGAGGACCAAGAGAGUGGGCAGUGCGGCGUGGGGACACCGGCCAGGCCCAAGGAGGGUCCAGGUCGGCAAGGCAUCGUCCUGGUGCCCACGGCAGGGGCUGGCCCGCGUAAGGGGCUCUGGGCGGACCGUGAACACCCCAGACCUGCGAAGGCGAAGGAUGAUCGCCCCGAUAAAGACGGAUUCCAAGGACU